AAGGGAGUCAAUAUGAAACACAUCUGCAAGUAUUACACGUAAGGUGAUGGAUCAAAGAAAGAUAAUCUACUUGAAAAAUGAAAAUAGCAUAUAAUAUGGAAAAUCAAACAAACGUAACCUCAAAAGAGUGGUAAACAUUAACAUAAAAAUUGGGGAAGACCCUUAUCCAUUUAAAAUGGACCGAAGUAACAAUCUUCACCAGUCAACAAAUACUCAACACGAUUUAUAUUUACAAGAAAUCGAAGGUAUCGAUGACUACUGGGGGCCCACAUUCAGAGCAAUUUAUGACAAUGACGAGCAUGCUUUCUUCCAAGAAAAGUUAGAACAACGUAUUAGGUAUCAUGACAAAGACAUCGAAAGGCUAUGCAAUGUGUACUAUCAAGGUUUUAUCGAUUCAAUAAGAGAGUUACUGGAAGUGCGUUCUCAAGCCAAAAAGCUCAAUACUGAAGUGUGCACACUUGACAAUCAAUUACAACAUGCCGCUGAAAGUAUAUCAAAGUCAGGUGCGGAAUUGGUACAGGCUCGUAAGGUUCAAAGUAAUAUAGCUGUAGUGGUCGCCCAGUUAAAUCUCUGUCUUCCUGUCUUGACGACUUACUCAAAGUUAAAAAAGCAAAUAUCUGAGAAAAGAUAUUAUCCUGCUCUGAAAACUUUGGAGGAGUUAGAACAUUUGCAUUUACCGCAUGUUGCCAGUUAUCGAUUUUCACUACAAUUGCGUGAGAGCAUACCAAAGAUUCGUGAAAGUAUCGAAACUGCGUCUAUGUCAGAUUUGAAGGACUUUUUAGAGAAUAUUAGGCGAUUUUCCCCCAAGAUUGGAGAAGUUGCUAUGAGACAUACAAAUGAGCAAUUGGCGAACGAUCCCACUUUGGUAGGCAGGAAAAAGAAGCGGAUUGCUCCAAAGCCUCCCGGAUCUGAACAUCAGUUUCCCGAAGAUGAGCUCAGCGCUCAAGAAAUGAUAGACUUUUCGCCAAUCUACCGCUGUUUACAUAUUUCAACAGUUCUAGGAUCGAGAUCAACAUUUGAAUCCUACUAUAGAGCUGAACGAACGAAGCAGGCGCGUUUGGUGUUACAGCCACCAACUAAUAUGCAUGAAUCUUUGGAGAGUUAUCGACUGUAUAUUCACGCUGUGUUAGGGUUUUUUAUCUUGGAGGAUCAUGUGCUUAAUACAGCAAGUGGGCUAAUUACCAGAGCGUUUUUAGAUGAAAUGUGGACAAUGGCGUUGACAAAGAUCACGACUGCCCUUCAAACACAUUCUGCCUACUGCACCGACGCAACCCUAAUAUUGCGAAUUAAGGAUUUAAUAAUGCUCUUUUGUACAACCUUAAGAAACUACGGAUACACAGUGAAACCACUGUGGGAGUUGGUUCGCGAAUUGCGUGAUCAUUAUACGGAGGUUUUAAUGCAACGUUGGGUGCAGAUAUUUCGAGAAAUACUCUCAUCUGAACGUUUUCGACCGAUUGAAAUUGAUACACAAGAAGAAUACGACAUAAUACUGUCAUCUUUUCCUUUAGACAUUGAUGUGGCAGAUGACAUUGCGUUCCCUUACAGCUUUGCAUUUUCAUCGAUGGUUCCUAAAGUGUAUCAGCAGGUAAAGGAGUUCAUUUAUGCGUGUCUCAAAUUUUCAGAAGACUUAAAUUUAAGUCAGGUAGAAGUAGAUGAAAUGAUUCGUAAAUCUAUGAAUUUAUUGUUAACGAGGAGUUUUAGUGGUUGUCUUUCAUCAACUUUUCGUUGUCCACACGUAAAUUUACAGGAAAUUAUUCAAAUUAUUGUGGAUACAAGUUAUCUUGAGGAAGCCACUGUGUAUUUAGAUCAAUUCAUUUCUAAUAUAACAGGUGAGACAUCUCAUGGUGUAAAGACGGGAGUUGUACAAGGACAGCCUGCACUAUUUCGUGUAGCAAGGGAGGACGCCGUACGUCAGAUAUGCGAAAAGCUGCAGCAGAAGUUGAAGGAGUUUUUAGAAUUGGAAGCGUACGAUUGGUUAUUAGUAGAACCUCAAGGUCACGCAUCCAGUUUUGUAACAGAUCUAAUUGCCUUUUUACAAACAACGUUUAGAAGCUUUACCAAUUUACCUCCGGAAGUAGCACAAGUUGCAUGUAAAUCGGCAUGUGACUAUAUAGCAAAUUCAAUGCUCGAACUAUUGCUAAACGAAGAAGUUAAACAAAUUUCAAUGGGAGCGCUAAACCAAAUCAAUUUGGACUUAUUACAAUGCGAGCAAUUUGCUGCUUCGGAACCAGUAAAAGGCCUGCAGGAAGAUGUCCUUCUGGCGUACUUCACCAAAUUACGAGAAGUUCUAGAUCUUUUCAUAUCGUGGGAGUGGCCGGCUUAUUUUCAUGAUUAUGGCCAAGACACAAACAAAUAUAAACAAGUUAAUCCUGAGAUCGCAAUUAUUAUUCUUGAAAAAUUGAGGGAAGCAGAUAAGAAGACCAUGUUUACUGUGCUUAAAAAAAGCGAACGCGAUAAAAAGAAAUUAUUGGAAACGGUUUUAAAACAACUACGUCAAUUAUCCCAAAUGCCACCGGGAAAGAAUUAGAUUGUAAUUAGCGAUGUAUCUGUUCAUUAAAUAUUUAAAGUACUGCUCAUAAUAAUAAAAUAUUUAUCGUAUGUAUUCUA